CUGGUCUCGCCCGGCAUGGAGAGCAGCCCCCUGGCUGAGAAGCCCCCUCUGAGGAGGAAGGGGAGGCGGCGGCAGCAGCAGCAGCAGCAAGCGGCGAGGCCCGGCGCCGCCGCGGGGGGAGCGCCUGUGAGGCGCAGCGACGGCGGCGCGCUUCUUUUCGAGACCCCCGGAGGGGCCCGGCAGGCCUCCUCCUCCUCCUCCUCAACCGCCUCCUCCUGCGGGCGGUACCCUCUGCGGCGAGGAAGCUCAUUCACAUUUCUAACUCCUGGGCCACAUUGGGAUUUUACUCUGAAGAGGAAGCGGAAAGAGAGAGAUGAUGAUGUUGUCAGUAUUUGUAGCCUCGAUCUUAAGGAGCCUAGCAAUAAGCGCGUCCGACCUCUGGCUCGGGUCACCUCCUUGGCAAACCUGAUUUCUCCUGUGAGAAAUGGUGCAGUGCGAAGAUUUGGACAGACAAUACAGUCAUUCUCUCUUCGCGGCGAGAGCAAGUCUCCAGGUAGCGUGCAGAAACUGUGCAGUCGGUCAGCUGCCCCCACGCCACCGAAAAGAAGAAACAGUGUGCUUUGGUCCGAGACGUUGGAUGUCAACAUGAAAGAGACGCUGAGCACCAAAGAAAUCAAGCGCCAAGAGGCGAUAUACGAAAUGUCUCGGGGUGAGCAGGAUUUGAUCGAGGACCUGAAGCUUGCCAGAAAGGCUUAUCAUGACCCCAUGCUGAAGUUGUCUAUCAUGUCUGAAGAAGAGCUCACUCACAUCUUUGGGGACUUGGAUUCCUAUAUCCCUUUGCAUGAAGACUUUCUGGCAAGGCUGGGGGAAGCGACAAGGCCAGAUGGGACAGUGGAGCAAAUUGGACCCAUUCUUGUGAAGUGGCUACCAGGACUGAAUGCAUACAAGGCCUAUUGCAGCAACCAGUUGGCAGCGAAAGCCCUCCUGGACCAGAAGAAGCAAGACCGCCGAGUCCAGGACUUCCUCCAGCGUUGCCUUGAAUCUCCUUUCAGCCGCAAGCUGGACCUCUGGAGCUUUCUGGAUAUCCCUCGGAGUCGGUUGGUCAAGUACCCUCUCCUCCUGAAGGAAAUCCUGAGGCAUACACCCAACGAUCAUCCCGACGUUCAGAUUCUGGAAGAAGCAAUCUCCAUAAUCCAAGGAGUCCUCUCGGACAUCAACUUGAAGAAAGGGGAGUCUGAAUGUCAGUAUUACAUUGACAAGCUGGAGUACCUCGACGAGAAGCAGAGAGACCCACGAAUCGAAGCGAGCAAAGUGCUGCUUUGCCACGGGGAGCUGAAGAACAAGAACGGCCAUAAGCUCUACGUCUUCCUUUUCCAAGAUAUCUUGGUUCUGACUCGGCCUGUGACACGGAACGAGCGUCAUUCUUACCAAGUGUACCGGCAGCCGAUACCCGCUCAGGACCUGGUGCUCGAGGACUUGCAGGAUGGCGACGUGAAAAUGGGAGGCUCCUUCCGAGGUGCCUUUGGCAAUUCCGAUAAAGCUAAGAACAUCUUCCGGGUCCGCUUCAGAGACCCUGCCCCUGGCCAGUCCCACACGCUGCAGGCCAACGACAUCUUCCACAAGCAGCAGUGGUUCAACUGCAUCCGGGCGGCCAUUGGGCCCUACCAGCUGAGCGCUGCGCCUUGCGAGCUCAAAGAGCUGCCGGAGCUCAGCGAGGAGGCGGAGGAGAACAACCCCUCUGUGCCCAGUGCCAAAAUCAAGAGGAGGCCGUCCACCCUCUCCGGCAGCCUCCACAUGGAGCUGGACGAGAACAGCGUGGAGUGCAGCUCAGUCACGGACAUGGCGUCAGAUGAGGCCAAGAACCCCAAGCCGUACCGGAUGCACUCUGGGCUCCGGAGGACGAGGGAGAGAGCCCAGCAGCUCAGUGGCAAGCGGAAAGAGACACUCGUUUGAAGGGGUCGGAAGCCCUUCUCCCCACUGUUUAUUUAUAAAUAAAAAGUGUACAUUUUCUUUCCUGUAAUGUGAGGAUGGUUACUCCUUCUGAAUAUAAAUGUCUGUGGUCUUUCUGUUUGUGUUUUUUGUUCUCCUUUUAUGGCAGCUACUGGUUUUCAGCAAACACUGUUGAACUGGAGUCUGAUUCUGAAAAGUUAAGGGCUCUGAUUUUGGGGGUUACAAAGUGGGUUUUGAAAAUGUUGCAUCUGUGAGGAACGUUUUGGAGCAAGCUUCAGCUGUUGCAGGAUUUGUCACCAAGGAGCUGAAUUUUUGAGGCUUGAUGCCCAAAGAAUAUAGAGCAGACCCACCGUUAAAAGCAUUUUUUCUCUCAGCAGUUCCACAUAGAAAAAUGCUCAUUAUUUAAAAUUUGAGGGUUUUUUUUGGCUUGUAGAGGGAUUCUGUUUGAUGCAGUUCCCCCUAGGUUGUUAAAUCUGGUUUAUUCCAGCCCUUACUGUAGAAGGAAGGUGGUCCGAGACCUGCAACCCACAUUUCUCAGAGAGACAGACGCCCAAGUUCAACAGGUUUCCAUUUUACUGACUGGAAUUCUAUACUUAAUUUUUGUUUGUUCGUUGUACAUUCCUUGUGUGAAUUGACAUGACCUGCCAAGUAUUUAAUCUUGUUUUUUUAUUAUUAUUACCUGAAUACAUUUGUAGAGAACUUUUGUACUUUGAUUUCAUUUUAUUUCUCAACAACCGAAUUGGCGUUUUUCUUUUUCUUUUUUUAAGUACUUGUUGGGGUGUGUGUGUGAGAGAGAGAGAGGGAGAGAGCAUGUGUUGGUAUGUUAUGUAUAUUUAAAAGCCAGUUCAGGACUUUUCAAGGUGAAGCAAAGCCAUAUGUUCUUGAGCCAUUGGGAAAAUGGGAGAACAAGAGUUCCUACCCCCAUCCCCAAAACCGACCUGGGGUGCCUGUGCCUUUAAAAACAGCUCUACUUCAGCAGAGAGAAGGUGCUGAGUAAGCAGAAUUCUGUAUUUCCUUUUAAAGGUACAGAAGAACUUAGGUGGUCCGCAUGUUUGGCAAUCUUAGGGGGAGGGGAGAUUUGAGGUCCGUUUUGAUGUAGCAUUUUGGGUUGACCACAGGCCUGUAGAGUGCCUUGUGUGCUCUGAACUACUGAAAGCAGAUCGCAGUGGACGCAGAAGGCUUAGAUGAAUGUCGCAGAAGGUUUAGGUUAGGUAAAGAGAUUAUACUACAGUGAGCAGAAAAGGGAUGAGGUCUUUAGAAGGAAGCAUCAGAAAGAUGCAUUUGGAAGCAAAAGGAGGCACAGUGUAUGUUGCAAGACUUGGUAGGAGGUGGUGUUAGCAAGGAGAAGGAAGGAAACGGGUGAAGUCUUUACUUGCGGUUUUGAGGUUGUCGCCGUCCCCCCUGCUUAAUUUCAAGGAAGGAGGGCAGUUUACCUUGGCGUAAUGCAAAUUAGCAGGAAGAAACUUUGAGCGCUUCUAGUAAUGCAUCUGAAGCACUUCCAAAAGUUAGCUGAGUUCUGCAAGUUUUCUUUUUGAGGGGGAAUUUCUGGUGCAGAAGAAAUUCAUCUGGCUAGAAGCUAGAAUGGGGAUGAAAUUCUGGAAACAAAUGUAAAUAAUAAAAACAACCAAAGCACAACGACUCUGUAAAAAUGUUUUUGUUUUUUUUGUACAGUGUUAAGUUUGGUGUACAAUUAAAAUGUCCUGCAUA